GCGGAGCUUGGUUGCUAGGGACACCUGAGGUCGCCCGCUCGCCUAGCAGGCACAGCGAGGAAGCGGCGCGGAGCCGGCGUCCAGCCGAGGUGAAGCAGGGUAUCCUAGAAGACUGCAACCGUGAGGCCCAGCAUUGAAAGUGAUUAAUUGCUGAGCUCUGGAUGUGAUGAACUGCUGACUAGCACUUGGCAGGCGCUCCUGUGAGGUAGUGGCUGCUGAUGCAGCAUGGUUGGGAAGAGGAAGAGUGCCCUGGAGACUCGGAAAACGUCACACAAGCUAACAGAUUCAAGGAUGCGGCUGGUGCUAGAGGUGUGUGGCACCUUAUCUGAGCCAGGCCAUGAGGCCAUGUUGCCAUGAUGUGGGCCCCUCAUGGCCUCAGCAGGAACAGAGCACUACAGUAUUGGCCUGCGCCGAGGAAACAGCUUCAAGCAGAGACAUCCCUCAGGCUCAGUGUCUGCUUCACCAUCUGAGAAACCCUCGGAGGUCAAAGUCUGGUCUCAGGCCCAUCAGCAGGUGAAGCCAAUCUGGAAACUGGAAAGGAAGCACGUAGGCACACUGUCAGCAGGGCUGGGCACCAGUCUCUUGGGAGUCCCAUCCCAGCCAGCCUAUUUUUUUUGCCCUAGCACUUUAUGUAGCUCUGGGACCACAGCUGUCAUUGCAGGCCACAGCAAUCCCUGUUACUUGCAAUCUCUCCCUGACUUGUUCAGCAGUACUCUGCUGUACCGCCGCACCAACGUGAGGCAAAAACCAUACCAGCAACUGGAAUCUUUCUGCUUGCGUUCCAGCCCAUCAGAGAAAAGACCUUUUUCCUUCCCUCAGAAGGGUCUCCCUGUCAGUGUCACUGCCAAUAAAGCCACAUCUACAGUCUUCCCCAUGGCCCAGCCCAUGGCAUCUUCACCCACUGAUCCAUACCUCUCACUGGCAGCAGCUGGAGAAAAUCCUUCAAGGAAGAGCCUGUCCUCUGCCAUCUCAGGGAAGAUUGCAUCUCCACUAUCCUCCUACAAGCCUGUGUUGAACAACAACUCCUUCAUGAGGCCAAAUAGCACUAAAGUGCCCUUAUCACAAGCCACAGAUGGCCUGAAGUCAGUAUCCUCACCCAAGAUCCAGCCUGUCUCAUGGCAUCAUUCAGGGGGUACUGGAGACUGUGUACCCCAACCUGGUGACCAUAAGGUGCCCCAAAACAUUGCUACUGUCUUAGAUGAUGUCACUGCCCCUAUCACCCCAUCUACCCCUAGCACCCUCAACAUAUCCACAGCCAGUGUUACCUCUUCCCAGUGCAGUCAGAGUAACUUUAGGAUGGAGGCACAUCCCUGUGGCCUGGAUGAAAACCCGGAUUCCCAGAGUGCUACUAAAGAGGUACACUUCACUGAGGCUGUGAGGAAGUUGACUGCAAAAGGCUUUGAGAAGAUGCCACGGCAAGGCUACCUUGAACAGGCUUGUUUUGUGAACCCCAGCUUCCAGUGGAGUCUUCUCAACAGAAGCAGGCGGUGGAAACCUCUGAUGGGCCAGCGGUUUCCUCAGGAGGAUAUUGGAUUAGACAGUGGGAUCCUUCCUGGUGCUUCAGACACCUUGGGGUUGGACAGUACAGUCUUUUGUACCAAAAGGAUCAGCAUUCACCUCCUUGCCUCACAUGUCCAUGGGCUCAAUCCUAGCCCUACCUGUGGGUCUGUAGUUGACCCCCAAUUACUUGGAGAAGACAGAGCUCCUGUUCCCCCUUCUUCCCUCCAGCCUCUUGGUGUAGCUGAAGUAGCCACUCGUCUUUCUUCUGUCCAUCUUGGCCAGCCUGAGAAGGAGCCUGAGGAAGCCAAGGACCUGAACUCUUGUACUAAGGGUGAUCGUUCAGCUACUGACCUCCGGCCAAACCAGGUGGAGCAUGAAGAUACAGAAGAUGAACUGGGAGAUGGUUUGGAAGAUAGCUGCAGCCAUGAUGAGAAUGAAGAAGAGGAAGGAGACUCAGAGUGCUCCUCUUUAAGUGUUGUCUCCCCCAGCGAGUCAGUGGCAUUAAUAUCUCGGAACUGUGUGGAUUUGAUGUCCAAAUCCCUUUCCAAUCAUGAGAAAGUUGUACGGCCAGCCCUCAUCUACAGUCUCUUCCCCAAUGUAACCCCUACCAUCUAUUUUGGGACUCGGGAUGAAAGAGUGGAGAAACUUCCUUGGGAACAGAGGAGGCUACUUCGGUGGAAGAUGAGCACAGUGACCCCCAACAUUGUCAAGCAGACCAUCGGACGGUCGCACUUCAAAAUCAGCAAGAGAAAUGAUGACUGGCUGGGCUGCUGGGGUCACCACAUGAAGUCUCCUGGUUUUCGAUCCAUUAGAGAGCAUCAGAAGCUAAACCACUUCCCAGGCUCCUUCCAGAUUGGGAGGAAGGACCGGCUGUGGCGGAACCUGUCUCGCAUGCAAAGCCGUUUCGGCAAGAAGGAGUUCAGUUUCUUUCCUCAGUCCUUUAUCCUGCCCCAGGAUUCCAAGCUCUUGCGCAAAGCCUGGGAGAGCAGCAGCCGCCAGAAGUGGAUUGUGAAGCCACCAGCAUCUGCUCGAGGCAUUGGCAUUCAGGUCAUUCACAAAUGGAGUCAGCUCCCCAAGCGAAGGCCCCUUCUGGUACAGAGGUAUCUACACAAACCCUACCUCAUUAGUGGCAGCAAAUUUGAUCUUCGGAUCUAUGUUUACGUGACUUCUUAUGAUCCUUUACGGAUUUACCUCUUUUCGGAUGGACUCGUCCGCUUUGCCAGUUGCAAGUAUUCCCCUUCCAUGAAGAGUCUUAGCAACAAGUUCAUGCACCUGACCAACUACAGUGUCAAUAAAAAGAACGCAGAAUACCAGGCCAAUGCUGAUGAGACCGCAUGCCAAGGCCACAAAUGGGCAUUGAAGGCUUUGUGGAACUAUCUGAGCCAGAAAGGAAUUAAUAGUGAUGCCAUCUGGGAGAAGAUAAAGGAUGUUGUUGUCAAAACCAUCAUCUCGUCAGAGCCCUAUGUGACUAACCUACUGAAGUUAUAUGUGCGGCGCCCCUAUAGCUGUCAUGAACUCUUUGGUUUUGACAUCAUGCUGGAUGAGAACCUGAAGCCCUGGGUCCUAGAAGUCAACAUUUCCCCAAGCCUCCAUUCCAACUCUCCCCUGGACAUCAGCAUCAAAGGCCAGAUGAUCCGAGAUCUUCUGAACCUGGCGGGCUUUGUUCUGCCCAACAUGGAGGAUAUCAUCUCUAGUUCCAGCAGUCCCAGCAGCUCCAGCGGCUCCAGCACCAGCCUGCCAAGCUCUCCUAGAGACAAAUGUCAAAUGACUCCAGAGCACUUCACUGCACAGAAGAUGAAGAAAGCCUAUUACCUGACCCAGAAAAUUCCUGACCAGGAGUUCUAUGCAUCUGUGCUGGAUGUUUUGACACCAGAUGAUGUUCGGGUUUUGGUGGAGAUGGAAGAUGAGUUUUCUCGUCGUGGUCAAUUUGAAAGAAUUUUUCCUUCCCGAAUCUCUUCUCGCUAUCUUCGGUUUUUUGAGCAGCCACGAUAUUUCAACAUUCUCACCACCCAGUGGGAACAGAAGUACCAUGGAAACAAGCUCAAAGGAGUAGAUCUGCUUCGGAACUGGUGCUACAAAGGCUUCCACACGGGGAUCGUCUCUGACUCAGCCCCACUGUGGUCUCUGCCAACAUCGCUCAUGUCUGCCUCAGAGGGUGAUGGGACACCGAGUUCUGUCAGCAGAUCAGAGCACAGCAAGUCAAGAAAGAAGAGCUGCUCCGAGGGAAACAUGCUAUCCUCCGAUGAUGGGCCAACACCCAAGCCCAAGAAGAGUCAAGCUGGCCUGUCCCCCAUAUCCAGGAAGACUUUGUCCUCAAAGAGCAAUGAGAAUACCAGCAAACAGUCCAAGCGCUCUACCCAGGGGUUACCUGUCCUCAAGUACUCUGGGCAGAGUUCCAGACUUUCUGCUUCUUCUGCUUCCCAGUCAGUUGCUGACUCCCGCCUGACUACUGUGAGCCCAUGACUGGUCCUGCACAGGAGCACUCAGCUACCUCAAGGGAACCAGCCUGCUGACCAGCCUGAGCCUCUACCCCGCCUCCACUUUGCCCCUCAUCAGAGUAUUUUUGAAGUGAUUCUAUUGUAGAUAUGGGCAUCUGGAGGGCUGGAGGGGUGGUGGUGAUGGGGAGAAGGUGAGGAAGGUUCACCCUCUGUCACCUUACUGCCUGGCUGGCACCUUAUAUCUCAGUAGAGAAGCCAGUGACAGCCAAGCAGCCUUAUAAAGCAGGGUUUGGUUUCUACACUGAGAGCCAUGUGUGAUUUAUUUGAGGCCCUGGUAAAGGGUUUGAGUUGUAACUUAAGAGGAGAAAACAGCUAAACACAGAAGUCUCUUGUUCUGUAACUGAGAGGAAUUCCUUGAAGGUUCUGAUUUCCUUAGGACCUCUGUCCCCUACUUAUCCUUGUCUGGAAGAGACAGUUUUUGAAACCUUCAGACUUCUUCAAAGACAAGCAGGAGAAACCAUGACAAGCUAUACCCCUUUCCUGGCCUCCUGGUCUUGGGAUGACCUCCAUACCGUAUCUCCAUUUAAGCUUCCACUCAGUGAGUAGCUCUCCAUCUUCUGUGAGUCUCCCAGGGCUCCAAUGUGAAGGAUCCUGGUAAUUUUAGAUGCUGCUGUGUAGAGGAAGGUGGAAUGAGCUGUGUUUUCCUCAGUGUGGGGAAGUCUUAUAGUCUCUUUGCUUUGAGCAGGGUUUGGUGCCUUGGUGGCCAGAUUUCAGCACAGUCACUCUUAUAGGACAGGCUUCUCAUCUUUGACAGUUAAUACUCAGCUGCAUCUACCUCCCGCCUGGACUCAGUCCACACUGAGCACUGAGUAAACACUGACUGAGUGAACUGUACGUACAGAUCUCCAAGGACACUGGCUCCUGAAGCACUACUGUUCUCCCCAGUGUGGGGAAGGAGAGCCCAAGGAGGCCAAGAUAGGACAGUUUGGAUUGGAAGAGGUUUCACUAGAAGCAUGGUCCUCCUUAGCCUAAUGUUCCCCAGCACUCACCUCCCUGGGACCUGUAGUCUCUAGUUUUCCCAGCAGAGGGGCAUACAAGAAACCAAUUGGCCCUGUAUCUGAUUAGCAAGACUUGCCCUUUGUAUACCAAGCUGGCCGUCUCUGCUGGCCUUGUCCUCAUUCUUCUGAGUUUUGGAAAGAGGAAGACUUCUUCCUACUGGCUCCUGGAGUCCUUGGUCAGUUGGCAUGGAACCCUAAAAAGAUAAGAGAGACCUAACCGAGUUCAAGGCCACAGAGUAGGUGAACAUGACGGUCAGUCCUAAUGCUGUGUUGACAGUUGUGAAGAAAGCCUGAUAGCAAAGUCCUUGGCAGUGCUUCCUGAUCAAUGAUAAAGGCUUCAAAGUCAGACCACAGUGGGAGAGUGCAAGCCGCUCUGGAAAAUCUGUUCUGAUAUCAACAGCCAACACCCUCUUAUCCUGGUUAUAGUAUCCUAGUGCACAUGUGACAAAGAGUCCUGUUUUAGCUGAUUUACUCCUUGAAAGAAGACUCUUAAUUCCUCAGCCUGCCCUCUGAGAGUCUCCCAUCAGAGUCAGUUUCCAACUCUUCAGCUGUAGAGAAAGGCCAGCACUGACCAACACAGUAGCUGCCUGGAGUCCACCAGAGGGAGGGUCCUGGGGACCCUCUGAGGAGACACAGCAGUACACUGACAGUUCUGUUUUGUGUUCUGGGGUGACCCAGCCUUGCCUGGGACUUGUAAUCUUUGCCUCAAAAAUGCCAGAUUGUCUGGGUGUUGUGCUCAGCUAAAUACACAGUAUUCAGUCUUCGUUACAUUUGAAGGCUGAUAGAUCUGUUAUGCUAGUGGGAGAAAAGAUAGGGCUUAUCUAUCACAGUUUCAAGAGUAUGAAAUCUUGUUAUUUCACAUACAUGUUUUAGCAUUGGCUAGUCAACAAACAAUAGAUAGUAUUCAGCUGAAUGAGGAAUUUUUUAAAAAGUAAUAGCUUUUGAAAAUUUUAAAUUUGUAAGUGUACUGGAAUGCACAUUUAUCAGUACAUCAUUUGUUUUCUCAAGUUGAUAAGUUACCCAGCAUCUGGAGGAAGGGAAGCAAAGCCUUCUGAGACAAGGAAUAAAGUAGUCUUUUCCUUUAUAAUAGGACCAUGAGACCUACCCUGCAGGCUUGUUUAGUAAGCUAAGCCGGAAGUACUGAGGAUUGGCGGUUCCAGUUUGUUGGUUUAUUAUCCAAACACUGUUCUGUGCAAGAAAUGUAAAACACUCUUUCCUUGAGACUGGGUGUGGUAGCUCAUGUCCUUAAUCCUAGCACUCUGGGAAGGCAGAGGUGGGCUGAUAAAACCUUUAAAGAAGGGAAACAGCUACAGAGAUCUCAGACGAGGCCAGAACAGUGUCUAGAUAAAUACCACCCUUCACCUAGAGCUUGCUCAAGCACAAUUUUCAUUAUUCUCUCCAAUCUUAUCACUCUAGUGGGAGUCUCUUGUCUGGCUUCAUCUUUACAGCAUUCCAGGAAAGGGAACGUUAAACAUAAACAUGUGUAUGAAGUGAUAACUUGGUUCUCCCAAGAUCUUUGAUUGGCAAAGAUUAACAAGAGUGUCUAAGACAAAAACAUCACAGAAAACAGACCUGAGGACUGCUGUGUGGACCUAGCAGCUACCAGGGGAUUGUGUCACUUCAGGCCCGUUGUCAGGGUGACAGCUCUUUUGCAGAACGUGACAUUCCAUCACCAUAGCCAAAGAACAUUCUUGGUGGCUUCUGUGGCAGUUCACUGCUGAGGACAGUGAUUUCCACUUCCUUCUACUGAAUUAGUUACCUGGGAUAAGGUGAUGGUCAAAGGCUGCUAGGGAACUUCCCUUGUUGGCUUCUUGAGCUGCUUGAACGGAUUACUGCUCCAACAAAUGUCUAGUUUGCUCUGGGCCUGGAAACAAUGGUUUUUAGAGAGCUGCAUCUUGUCGUUUGGAAUUUUGAUCCGAGCCUCUCCAGCGGUGCUUAACCUUGAACAUUGAUCUGUAGUCCCUGGGGACCAGCCUGGCUCAUUUAACAUCCUCCAUCAGCUUCAGAGCAGUGGAAGCACAAGCAGUCAUAGAAUUUCCUAUGUGAGCGAAUGGUCACAGCAGAAUCGGUAGCCAUGUGACAUUCGAAGACCUAUCUGCUUUAGCCAUCAGAAUGGACUGAGAUUUGGAACGCCAGCGAUCACUACAGAAGUCAACAUUUGAAAUGUAUCUGUAUCUUAUUAAUUUCACUUUAGUAACCAGGGAUGUCAGUUUCUUAGAUGUAGUUUUGGGGAUUAAAUUGUGUAUAAAACAUCUUUUAAAAAGUGCCUCACAGUGCAGAUUUCAAAUAAAUCCUAAAAUACCAAAUGACUCCCCAAACCAUUUCCUCAGAGUAGCAGGAACAGCACCAGGCAUUGCAGUGCUCUUAGCUUAGCGGUUCUGUGGCUGAGCUGUGACAGCUCAGCAGAUAGUGCUCAGACCUGUGGUAGGACCAGGCUUUUUUGUUAGUGUUCCUAAACUGUGCAACUAUUUGCAUAUUGUUUACAUUUUGUUUGGUGUGAUAGUUAAUUUUGACUCCAUUUGAAGUCCACAGAAGGAUGUUUGCAGGUUAAAUUUUAGCAGCAAAUGGGAACUCCAUUUUAUCUAAGGGAUUAAAAAAUCUGUGUGCUAUGGUAUCUGAGAAGUCCUAGAACCAAUCCCAACAGAGGCUGGAGAACUGCUAUGAUUCUAUCUGUGGGAGAUUAGAGCUGAAGAUUUGCUUGAGAUAAUUAGCUUAAGAGUUUAGAACCCUAUCUGCUGCCAAAGAGGCACAAGUAGAACUUAACACUAAGCAGCCCAACAACUGGAAUGCCAGUGUCUGGAAAUGCAGAGCCAUUGGUAGGCAUGCCUGUAUCGCUGGCAAGGUUGCACAGGUCCAUUGAUGGUUUGGUAGUUUAAAGACUAGAACAGCCCAUGUGGCCAGCAGUCAAUGAAAGAACAAACUAUGUAGUAGAUACUGUCUAAACAUCAGAAAGGAAAAACCGAUGCCACAAUUGGGAUGAUCUCUACAGUACUGUGCUAAGUGAUAGAAGCCAGAGCAAGCCUAUCUGCAGAUUCCAGUCUAGAAAAGGAAACAGCUCACAGAAGGCAGGGAUUCCUGGGGGACUGUAGAUGGAGAGGAUGCGGUUGACUGUAAAGAGGCACAUGGGAAUAUUCUUUGUCUUAAUUGUGGUUGUGGUAACAACUGUAUAUAGUUGGCCAACCUCAAAAUUGUCCUGUUAAAAUAAGUAUUAUACGUAAAUUUUAUAAAUAAAGCUGAUUUUCUUUUUUUUUCAGUGUUGGAAUCUAACCCAGGGUCUCAAACAGCACUAGGCAAGUGUUGUACUGCUGAGCCAUUCUCCCUGGCAUGCACGCAUGUGCGCACACACACAUACACACAGAGCCAGUAUCACUUGGUUGAGAUGUAGAAAUUAAAGCCAUGGUCACACUGAGGUAAUGGAGUGCAGUUACGAUUGAAAGACAGCUGUGACGGUUGGAGUGGACAAAGCCAUUGCAGCUUGCAUACGUGACUUGUGUGAGCAUAAGAUGUUGGUCAUAGUUGAACCCUUGCAGUUAUUUAUAAAGAGCAUAUCUACCCGUGACCCAAAACAUUGGGAGAAACUAGAUAUAGAAGGACAUAUUGUAUGAUUUGCUGUCAUCUGGAGGGAAACUUGGCUAUGGCUGCUGAAGUCAGCAGUGGCUGCCAAGGAGGAAACUUGUGGGGUGAUAGCAACUCUCUACCUUGGCUGUUGGUUUUGUGGUUAUCAUGAUUGUUAAGACACUGAACUGUGCAUGUGAGACCCAUGCAAUUGUAGACAGCAUUUUAUAAUUGAAGUGAAAUUGAUGUGUUAAAUUAGUAUUUUAAGUGUACAUUUCAAUGGUAUUCAUUAUAUUGUACAACUUUUCACUUCCCCUGGUUCUAGAGUAUUUUUCUAAACUUGAAAGCAAACCGCCCACUAAGCAGAUGCUCCUCCUCCUUCCCUCCCCUUUCCCCUGCUCUCUGUAAUCACCAGUCUUUGAGUUUCUGUAGGUUCACCCUUUCUGGAUAUUAUACAUAAAUAGAGUUGUGAUUUUUUUGUAUCUGGCUUAUCUGACUUAGCAUGAUUUCAGUGUUCAUUUUGUAAAACAAGUUGACACUUCAUUCCUUUCUAUUAUCAGUACAUGUUAAUGGUAGAAAAUGACUGGCUUUGCCAUGACGUUUUCAUCAUGUAUAUUUACCUCCCAUAGCCCAUCCUCGUCACUGAAAGUCAUUGUACUUUGAAUAAAGGCUACGCUAGGAUGAGAAAA